CUCCACUCCACUUGUGUUUCAUAUAAUAAUAAAAUAAAAUAUUUUGAUCCCUUGUUAUUCUUAGCUCAAGAACUAUUAAAAGUUGGGUAUUGUGUUCAAGAUUUAAGCUUUUUUGAGUUGAUAAGAAAGAAUGUAAAUGGGUUCUCUCAGUCCACUUGUGCCAUUGAAACGAGACUCUCUACUCAAAUCUUUUUCAAGACCACCGUACGAUAAUAAUGGGCGAUUUAUGAUUUUGAACAAGAAGAAGAAGAUUGAUUACCUGCAAUGGAUUUCUGCUUUGGCUGUAUUCAUCUUUUUUAUCUUCUUGUUUCAAUUGUUUUUGCCUCUUUCGAAAGAAAUCGAUGAUGGAGAUUUCUUCUUCUUGAAACAAGAUAACAACAACUUGUUAUUGAAAAAAAAUGAUGGUUUGGGUUUUGGUGAAAAUGUCAAGUUUAUGCCCACCAACAAAAACACCACCAAUAAUACAUUUGGGAACAGAAAGCCUCUGCUUGCUUUGGUUUUUGCACAUCUAUUGGUUGAUCCACAGCAGAUAUUGAUGUUCUCUGUCGCAUCUGCUCUGAGGGAAAUUGGCUAUCAAUUUCAGGUUUACUCACUUGAAGACGGGCCUGUCCAAUCUAUUUGGAAUAGUAUUGGAGUUCCGGUUAAUAUUGUGGAUGCUAAUGAUAAAAGGGGCAUUACAAUCGACUGGUUAAACUAUGAUGGUAUACUCGUCAGCUCUAUUGCAGCAAAAGACGUCAUCUCAAGCCUUUUGCAGGAACCGUUUAAUUCUGUACCUCUUAUCUGGUCUGUCAAUGAAAAAGCUCUUGCUAUACGUGCCAUGAGAUAUGUGUCGAGUAGCCAAGUUGAGUUGAUUGACGACUGGAAGGCUAUCUUCAAUCGAGCCACUGUUACUGUUUUCUCAAACUAUGCCCUACCUAUGCUUUAUGCUGCCUUUGAUGCUGGAAACUACUUUGUCGUACCCGGAUCUCCUUCUGAAGCAUGCAAAGUAGGUAACUCAGCGUUCAUCCACAAAAAUGUGCGCGUAGAUAUGAAUGUUGGGUUGAAUGAAUUCGUUGUUGGAAUUGUGGGAAGUGAGUUUCUAUAUAAAGGAAUGUGGCUGGAGCAUGCUUUUGUUUUAAAGGCCUUAUUGCCUCUUUUGAACCACUUUCCUAUUGGCGACAAUUCAAGUCCCGCUCUCAAGAUCAUGAUAUUGAGUCAAGAUUCAACCGGUAAUUACAGUGCAGCUAUAGAGGAAAUUGCUUCAAACCUCAAAUACCCGAUGGAUACAGUGAAGCAUGUAGCUUUAAACCAACUUGAUGAAGAUGUUGGUGUUCUAAGCAUAAUGGAUCUUGUAGUAUACGGAUCAUUUCUUGAAGAACUAUCAUUUCCUGACGUUCUGAUUAGAGCAAUGUGCCUUGAAAAACCAAUAAUCGCUCCUGACCUAUCAGUAAUCAACAAACGUAUUGAUGAUGGGGUAAAUGGCCAUAUAUUCCGGAAGGAUAAUUUAGAGGAUUUAACACGGAUAAUGCUACAAUUGGUGUCUGAGGGAAAAGCAUUGUCGCAAGCUCGCAAUAUAGCCUCAACCGGCAAAAAGACUGCUAAAAACAUGUUGGCUUUGGAAGUUAUUCAAGGGUAUGCUUCAUUGCUAGAAAACAUAUUAUUUCUUCCUUCAGAAGUUGCAUAUCCAAGGACAAUAUCAGAAGCUCCUCCUGAUAUCAAAACAGAGUGGCAAUGGCUUCCUUUUGAAGCUAUUUCAGAUCGUAGAUAUGUAGAUAGAACUUUAGGGAUAAACCAUUUUCUAAACGAGGCUGAAAAUCGCUGGAAUCAUACUCUAAAAGAAGAGAGACCAGGUGCUAUUCCAGACAAUGAUACCUUUGUAUACGGUUUAUGGGAAGAUGAAAGAAGAAAUCAGAUGAUGAAAGCUAAAAGAAUGAGAGAAGAUGACGAGCUGAGGGAUAGAAGUGAUCAAUCGAGGGGGAAAUGGGAAGAAGUAUACAAAAAUGCAAAGAAAACUGACCGGAGUAAAAAUGAUUUGCAUGAGAGGGAUGAUGGAGAACUCGAAAGAACAGGUCAACCGUUAUGUAUCUAUGAACCUUACAAUGGGCAAGGAUCUUGGCCUUUUCUGCACCUUAAAUCACUUUAUCGUGGUAUUGGACUUUCCACAAAAAGCCGAAGAUCAAGAAGAGAUGACAUUGAUGCACCUUCUCGUCUUCCUCUUCUAAACUCACCCUACUACCGUAACACCCUUGGUGACUUUGGAGCAUUUUUUGCUAUUGCUAACCGUAUUGACCGUAUACAUAAGAAUGCUUGGAUCGGGUUUUUGUCGUGGCGGGCUACAGCUAGGAAGGAAUCUUUAUCGGACCGUGCUGAGAUUGCUUUACUAGAAGAUAUUGAAGCUCAAAAACACGGGGAUGCUGUCUAUUUUUGGGUCCGUGUGGAUAAAGAUCCAAGAAGCCCAAUACAACAGGAUUUUUGGUCAUUUUGUGAUUCAAUAAAUGCCGGUAAUUGCAAGUUCUCGUUCUCGGAAGCUUUGAAGAAAAUCUACGGGAUCAGAAAUAACUCGACUGUUCUCCCUCCGAUGCCCACAGAUGGAGGAACAUGGUCCAUCAUGAAUAGCUGGGCUAUGCCAACCAAAUCUUUCCUCGAGUUCGUGAUGUUCUCAAGAAUGUUUGUAGACGCUUUAGAUGCACAAUUUUAUGAAGAGCAUCAGAAAAGUGGUUUGUGCUACUUAAGUUUGUCUAAGGACAAGCAUUGCUACUCGCGGAUUCUCGAGGUUCUUGUAAACAUUUGGGCUUAUCAUAGCGCGAGAAGAAUGGUGUACAUAGAUCCCGACACCGGAACAAUGAAAGAACAACAUGAUUUCAAGAAACGGAGAGGUAAAAUGUGGAUCAAGUGGUUUGGCUACAGCACCCUCAAGGCCAUGGAUGAAGAUCUGGCGGAGGAGGCCGACUCGGACCACCACCCAGGAAGGCGGUGGUUAUGGCCUUCAACGGGUGAGGUGUUGUGGAAGGGAAUAUAUGAAAAGGAAAGAAUGCAAUCUAAAAAGGAGAAAGAAACAAAGAAGCAAAAGACGCGAGAAAAGAUUCAAAGAAUCAAGAACCGGACUCGCCAAAAAGUGAUAGGGAAGUAUGUGAAGCCUCCACCGGAGAAUGAGACAAAUAAUGUGGUGGCAGUAGAAAGGCAUUUCAGGUAGCUUAAUUAAAAGGUGAUUCUUGUUAACUUAGCGUUGAUGACGACGUCGUUUACAACAGUGUAGUUGGUAGUUUGAUUAAUUAUACUUGAAUUUUUUCGUGAAGUAAAUUUUGAGUGUUGCUUUUGGGCAAGAUGCAUAGGGGUGCUCCUUAAUUUCAGGGUUUUUGUAUGUAAAAAUUGCAUCUUUUGAUGAUGCUGAUACCAAUACUAAUUUUAAACUUAGUUUUUUUUUA